GGUCGACCCCAGGGCACCAAACACGCUGACAGAAGAGAGCAACACGCAGAACCUUAUGCACCAACCCGGCCGGACAGACCUCGGCCUCCAGCAGACACUGAGUUUGUGGCAGCGUGGUGCAGAUCCCAUCUCAGGCCGGAGCCAGGAGAGUCGCCUCACACCGAUUCUACAAGGCCACCCACCCUCAUAAACUGUACCCACGCGGACGUUCUGAACCCAGCCAGG